GUCACAAGGAUAUCAUUGAUAUGCUCAUCACCAACGGAGCCAAUGUUAAUUGUGAAGAUCACAAUAAUCAGACACCUCUUCAUAUAGCUGCUGACUAUGGUCACAAGGAUAUUGUUGAAAAGCUCAUCAGCAAUGGAGCUAAAGUUGAUCCCAGUGACAGCCGACACAAGGUUGUCGCUGAAAAGCUUAUCAGCAACGGAGCCAAAGUUGAUAUUACAGACGUUUUUAAUCACACAGCUCUUCACUUAGCAGCCAAGAAUGGUCACAGGGAUGUCGUUGAAAAGCUUAUCACGAAAGGAGCCAAGGUUGAUCCUAUAAACUCUCUUAAGCGGACACCUCUUCAUAUGGCUGCUGCAAAUGGCAACUUACAGAUCGUUCAAAUCCUUGUCGCCAAUGGAGCCAGUCUUACUAUUACAGAUUAUCGAAAUCAGACACCUUAUCAGAUUGCUUUAUCUAGCAUACUUACUCCCCGUAUGU